AUGGACCACUACAACAACAGCCUCAGCUCCAUUCUGGACAUUCAUGCCCCACUGAAGACCCGGACUGUCAACUUCACCCGCUCAGCUCCCUGGUACACCAACCAGCACAGGGCCAUGAAAAGGUCAGGCCGUGUCCUGGAGCGGGCCUAUACUACAUCUGGGCUGACGGUGCAUAAGUUGGCCUACUGGGAACAUCAGAAAUCCUACGCAAAAGCACUCUCAUCAGCAAGAACCAUCAACGCCCACGACUUUGCUGAUCGAAACUGCAUGAAAACAAUUUUAGUUGAGCAACCACAGACUGCAGAGAGCGAAGAUGCCAAUCUCACUUCUGCUGCAGCUUUUACAGAGAAUGUCACAAUGGCGCCGUCGCUCGUCCCCCUCGUGAUGGUGGAGCAGACUACAGACCUUUGGAGACACUUCUGUCACAGUGCAGAGCUCAACGCUUCAUGUGACGAAUAUUUUAUUGACAACAACUUCACUGAGGUCGACGGCAUCCCAGGACUCGCCUCGGGCAUCAUCUCCGAGAACCUGUGGAGCUCGUACUUGAGUAAAGGCGACGUUGUGGAGAAGCCGCACCUCCAGUCCUCUCCCUCCCCCUUGAUCGCCCAGCCCUUCGUCUUCGCUGACAUCACCACCUCCUUCACGCUGCUCGUUGGCAUCUUCUUCCCCUCAGUCACCGGGAUAAUGGCCGGAUCGAACCGCUCUGGAGACCUGAAGGACGCUCAGAAGUCCAUUCCCAUUGGCACCAUCCUGGCCAUCCUCACAACGUCCUGCGUCUACUUGAGCUGUGUGGUGCUGUUUGGAGCCUGCAUCGAUGGAGUAGUACUCAGAGACAAGUUUGGAGAUUCAGUGCAGGGUAACCUGGUGGUGGGGACCCUGGCCUGGCCCACUCCCUGGGUGAUUGUGAUCGGCUCGUUCUUCUCCACAUGUGGAGCUGGUCUGCAGUCUCUGACCGGAGCGCCUCGACUGCUGCAAGCUAUAGCGAAGGACAACAUCAUCCCCUUCCUCCGGGUUUUUGGUCAUGGGAAAGCCAAUGGAGAGCCGACGUGGGCGCUGCUCCUGACUGCUUUCAUCGCGGAGCUGGGAAUCCUCAUCGCGUCACUGGACCUGGUCGCUCCCAUCCUCACCAUGUUUUUCCUGAUGUGCUAUCUGUUUGUGAACUUAGCCUGUGCUCUUCAAACUCUGCUCCGGACACCCAACUGGAGGCCGCGGUUCUCCUACUACCACUGGGCUCUAUCGUUUUUGGGAAUGAUGAUUUGCCUCGCACUCAUGUUUAUCUCAUCCUGGUAUUACGCCAUCAUUGCCAUCGUGAUCGCCGGCAUGAUCUACAAGUACAUUGAGUAUCAUGGUGCAGAGAAGGAGUGGGGAGAUGGCAUCAGAGGGCUGUCGUUGAGUGCAGCUCGCUACGCCCUCUUGAGGCUGGAGGAGGGACCACCACACACAAAGAACUGGAGGCCUCAGAUCCUGGUACUGCUGAAGCUGGAUGAAGACGCUCACGUGAAGUCCCCUCGCUUGUUGACAUUUGCCAGUCAGCUCAAAGCCGGGAAGGGCCUGACCAUCGUGGGGACUGUGGUCGGGGGGAACUUUCUCCACAGCUAUGGGGAGGCGCUGGCCGCGGAGCAGACCUUGAAGCACCUGAUGGAGAAGGAGCGGGUAAAGGGCUUCGUCCAGUGCAUUGUGGCACAGAAACCACGCGAUGGCAUCAGUUACAUGAUCCAGUCCAGUGGUUUGGGGGGGAUGAGGCCCAACACGGUGGUGAUGGGCUGGCCGCACGCCUGGAGACAGAGCGAGGAUCCGCAAUCCUGGAAGACCUUCAUCAACACGGUGCGGGUGACGACGGCAGCUCACCUCGCUCUCCUUGUACCCAAAAACAUCUCACUCUUCCCCAGUAACAGCGAGCCGUGUGCGGAGGGCUACAUCGAUGUGUGGUGGAUCGUUCACGACGGAGGGAUGCUGAUGCUGCUGCCCUUUCUGCUUCGACAACACAAGGUGUGGAGGAAAUGCGGCAUGAGGAUCUUCACUGUGGCUCAGAUGGAGGACAACUCUAUCCAGAUGAACAAAGACCUGGCAACGUUCCUGUACCACCUGCGCAUCGAGGCCGAAGUGGAGGUGGUGGAGAUGCACGACAGCGACAUAAGUGCGUACACAUAUGAGCGCACACUGAUGAUGGAGCAGAGGUCCCAGAUGCUGCGGCAGAUGAGGCUCUCAAAGUCUGACCGCGAGAAAGAGGCUCAGCUGGUGAAGGACAGAAACUCCAUGUUGCGCCUCACGAGUAUCGGCUCCGAUGACGACGACGAGCCGGACGGAAGCGACCGUGACCGUGCAGCAUCAGCGGGGGGCAGCACUGAGCACCACCGGAGAGUGCAGAUGACCUGGACCAAAGAGAAGUCGUCCCACUUCAGAGCCGCGCACUCGGGAUGCUCCACGCCAGAGGGCUUCAGGGACAUGCUCAGUAUCAGGCCCGACCACUCGAAUGUGCGGCGGAUGCACACUGCGGUCAAACUGAACGAAGUCAUCGUGAAUAAGUCCCAUGAUGCUCGGCUGGUGCUGUUGAACAUGCCCGGACCCCCCAGGAACCAGGACGGAGACGAGAAUUACAUGGAGUUCCUGGAGGUCCUCACGGAGGGACUAGAGCGGGUUCUGUUGGUUCGCGGAGGAGGCAGCGAGGUCAUCACCAUUUACUCCUGA